AUGGCAAUGGGUGAGAAACCCGCUGGGGGGACCCCCCCGUCACCCGCCCCCAUUAGGAAAAAUACCCCCGUCACCCGCCCCCAUCACCCGUCUCGGAUUUCCCCCAGACCCGGCACCCGUGUGGGUGACGGGUACCCAUCGGGUGACACAGACCCGAUUUCCGGUGAGGAGAUCUGCAGCGGCGGCGUCGGUGACUUGACCGCCGGCCUCGAGGUGGAGUUCUGCUCGCCUUCUCCCGUUGCGGCCUGCGGGCUCGACGGCGCCAGCGCGGCCGCGGAAGCGGAACCAGCCAUCUUGGUGGAGCGGUGGAGCCGCCGGUCGCACGCAGGAGCUGCCGGCGUGGAGUGGAGUGGAGCUGCGAGAGAGCGAGAGCGACUGCGAGUGUGCGUGGUGGGCGGGGGCACCGCCGCGCCGGGCCCUCGUGCCGUGACACCCUUAACGGGCCUUCAGACGGACAAGUUUUUCUCGCCACGCCGCUACGCCCCUCGCGCCGCUACACUUCCCUGCUCCACGAUGGCCGCCACGCCGCGACGAUCUCCACGGGCAUACAGAGGCUCCAGGUCCCUCCGACUGUUGCGCCGCGUCCCUGCCUAG